AUGUUCAUUAAUGAUGCAGAGCGAAACGAAAUCGCCAAACCAGCUUCUCGAAGGGCUAGGCCCAAGCCUACGUCCCGGCGAAGGCGCCUUAAGCAUAAAAAGGGAGCUAGACGAACUUCAAUCAAGUCCAGUGACACUAGUGGCGUUGAUGAGGCUGAGAAAACAUCCUCGUCUUGCUCAUCCUCCUCAUGCAGUAACUCAAUAGAAUCUGGUCACCCUCACAUUGAUUUAAGUUCUGACUUGAAGGGGACUUUUUCGGCUCCAUUGACACCUAUAGAGGCUGAGCAACAAUCUGAUGGGAAACAAAAAGUGGCCUUCACAGUAAAUUAUGAUGUCAGUGGUAUGGAUGCUGAUCGUACAGAUAAAAUUCCACCGUCACCUCAGACUGACCAAGAAUCUGAUGGGAAACAACAAGCAACAUUCACAGUGGAUCCUGAUAACAGUGGAGCGGACGCUGACAAUUCAAACAGUAUUCCAUCAUCACCUGCGCAGAAAGUUGAUCAGCAAGAUGUUCCCAAUGCUCCUGCCAGUAAUGUGUUGGACUUACUUCUUGAACUGAAGAAGAAAGUGGAUCUAUUCUUACCAAAGCGGUGGAUGUCUAUUGUUGAUGGCAAAGCUCUUCACGUCGUGUAUUAUUCCAAUCAGAAAUGCUUCAUCAUUCAAAGAAGUUUAGUGGUCUCCCCUGAUGGUAGUGUUGAACUGUUUGUGCAUCAUGACCCUGUUGACAUUGAGCCCUUUGUCAAGGGCCUAACCCCACCCAAACCACUGGAUGAAGACACAAUCAGUAGUACAGCAGACAGAAUAAUAUCUAUAGUGAAUGCAGUGUGGAAGAUGCAAGUGUGCAGUGGUUAUGACGAAGAAAGGUUUCAGGUUGCUUGGGCUUCUUGCAGUGGUGGAGUAGUUGAUCGAAACCCAUUCCAUGAGUGUAGAUAUGUGGAAACUUUUCGUUCUUCGUCCUGUACUAAACUAGUUUCAGGGCGUAAGUGGCGGUGCUUCAAUUGUGCUAAACUAUAUUUCCCUUUGCGAAGAAUAGCUUCAGCAGAAGCUGAGAAGGAACGCCAUGCCAACACUGCAAACAUUCAUCUGACUGAACGACAGCUACUUGAGAAGCUUGCAAAACAACGAACUGAAUUGAAUAAUGCCAAGAAAACAAUCUACAGACUACAGGCCAGGAUGCAGGAACUCAUAGAGCAACAAAGUGUUUUAAUUGAUCAUUCUUUGGCAGCUGAUUUGGAAGAAAUUUUAAACAACGCCACACUAACUCCAGCCCAAUCAAUAUUUUUGCAACAACAAAUAAAGGCAUCUCAAGUGAAAAAUGCCUGUGGGAUGCGUUGGCAUCCAACAAUGAUUCGGUUUGCCUUAUCAAUUCACCUCACUUCACCGGCUGCUUAUGAAAUGAUGCGCCAGACAGGCAUGAUAAAAUUACCAUCAAGUUCAACCUUAUUUGAGUAUUCUCAUGUGAAGCCUGCUGAAGAGGGCAUUGACAAAGAGGCCCUGCAUUCAAUUGCACAAAAAGUUCAAAAGUUUCCUGAAAAGCAUAAAAAAUACCAUGUGUUAAUGGCUGAUGAAAUACAUAUCUCACAAAAUUUAGUAUUUCAAAAGUCAACAGGGCGUAUGAUUGGGUACACAUCCCUUGAUGAUGUUGACAAUGAAGUUAAAAAUUUAGAAAAAAGUAUUGAUGACCCUGACAAAGAAUUAGAGGAAACUGUGGCUACCAAGAUACUAGUUUAUAUGGUGAAAGGUGUUACCAAUGGCGUCAAGGAAGUGGUUGCUUCCUUCACAACCAAAGAUUUAUCUGCAAAUCAAAUGUAUGUAUGGACUUGGAAAGUGAUUGGAGCAUUAGAGCGCAGUGGCAUUGCUGUGAUUGCCUUUGUCAGUGACGGCUCAUCAGUGAAUCGAGCAUUCAUCAAGAAGCACAAACCUGCAACGAUUCAUAAAAGUGGGCUCACCUUUGAUACCUGGAACAAAGCGGCAAGAGGACGGAAGCUUUAUUUUAUUGCAGACGUUCCACAUCUCUUGAAGACUAUAAGAAAUUGCAUUUUGAAUUCCAGAUGGGACGGCAAGAAAAGCAGAAGAAAAAUGAUGAAAAAUGGGAAGAAAAUUACUUGGGACUUCAUCAUAAAACUGUACGAGGAGAAAAAAGUUAAAAGUCUUCGAAAGUCCUUCAAACUUAAUGCAAUGAACGUUUAUCCGGACAGUUACGCUCGCAUGAAAGUUAAGUUAGCUGGUCAACCACUGAGCAAAACUGUGUGUCAAGACAUGCGCAGUCAGGGCUGGGCUGAAGCUUCUGAAACUGAAAACUUCAUUGAAGCUGUGAAUGAUUGGUUUGACUGCCUUAAUGGUGCCCACUCAUCACAAGGAACUAAAACUAGAAAUCCCAAUCUUGCACCAUACACUAAGGACAACCAUCUGGACCGCUUUGAGUUGGUUGAUAAUUUUCUGAAGUAUUUGGACGAAUGGGAAGAGGAAGCAAGAAAUCCAAAUGUUACCCUCAAUGUCACCAUGGACAACACCGCUGCUGCACCUGCUGACUUGGAUGAGAGUGAAAUUGAAGAUGGCACCUUCAAUCCUGAUGCGGACACCCCAGCCAGCAAGAAACUUCUCAGCGCGCAGACUCUGGAGGGAAUUAGAAUUACUAGCUUGGCUUUUAAGCCUUUAGUUUUGUUCAUGCUAGACCAAGGGGCAUCUUUUAUCAACGCUAGGGUUUUUUGUCAAGAUCCCCUGGAACAACAUUUCAGUAAAGUAAGGGCUGGCCAAGGUGGAAGUAAUAAUCCCAAUGUUAUGCAAUUUCUUAACAGAAACCGUGCCCUGCAUACAAUUGGUGAGCUUGGUAUGAGAAAGCGUAGAGGUAAUUCAGGUGAAUGUGGAAGCCAUGUUGAAGUUACUACUGCUAAAAUGCCUAAGUUACAAUGGAGAAGAGUCCCUAAAUUGACUGAUGAGUCAUAA